AUGCCUUUUAAGCAGGUAACUCAAUCUGGUGGAAUCGUUAAGCGCGGCCGAGGCCGUCUAAGAGCUUUGAAGUGCAUCAAGUGUAUUAAUAAUAGGAUCACAUCGAGGUCUAAUAGAGACUGCUAUAAUUGCGACACGAGCGUCAUACGCUGUCUCCGGUGUGCUAGAGGUAGCUAUAGCAAUUGCACCGCUGCUUCUACCGCUGCUAACACCGCUUUCGAUAACUUCGUAAGCGUUAAGGAUAAUAGUGCUACACAAAAAGUUCGCCAAGGUGCUGCUAAUAGUCCGGGCGGUCUAGCGAAUAAAAGUAAGGGUUUUGAAAGUAGUCCCGGUAGCUUUGCAGGUUUUGCUCUUGCUUUUAAGACUUUUAAUUUGAAUAUAGCCUUUGUUAGAUUAAAUAGUCUUGUAGCAGCAAAUCGUAGUCCGGUGACGCAGAGCGCUUCGAGCAUGUCACCCUUUCCUCUUGCGCUUGCCGCCCUUAUUGCUCUCGUCGCUUUCGUUGCUCUCGUCGCCCCCGCAGCUCCUUUCGCUCCCGUCGCACUUAUUGUCGUCGUCCCUUUUGCGCUAGUCGUUGCGCUUGCCGCUCUCGCGGCGGCGCCCGCCGUUGCUAUAACUCUUGCGAAGCGCCGGGCUAAAAUGAAAAGAUUGCUAAAAGCUCUAAUCGAUCUUUUAUUAUAA